GCCCUGCCCCGCGGCGGGGCAAGAUGGCGGCGCCCGGCGCUAUGGCGGCGGCGGGCAGGGCCCUGAGCAGGGCCCUGGGGGCCGCGGCGGCGGGGGCGCGUCCGAGGGGGGCAGCUCGUCUCCCGGAGAGCCGCGCCCUCAGGGCCGCCCCGCUCGGUGCCCGCUGCAGCGGGAGCAGCUCCGCGCUCGGCAGCAUCCUGGGCAUCCCCGCCGAGAAGCCGGCCUGCGCCCUCGGCCAGCACCCGCCGCCCGUGGCCACCAGCAAAGAGGAGCAAAAACGGCUGUUGAGGGACCGGCCUGACCAGCCCCAGAACCCCAAGGUUUUAAGAAUUGCCAUCAUUGGAGCGCCGAAUGCCGGGAAGUCCACGCUCUCUAAUCAGCUCUUGGGCAGAAAGGUUUUCCCUGUCUCGAAAAAAGUGCACACAACCCGAUGCAAAGCCCAGGGUGUCGUCACGUAUGAGGACACGCAGCUGGUCAUUCUGGACACGCCUGGCCUCACUAGUCCCUUGAAAGCCAAAAGGCAUAAACUAGAAGAGGCCAUGCUGACAGACCCAUGGGACAGCAUGAAACAUGCAGAUUUAGUUCUGGUUUUGGUGGACGUGUCGGAUCACUGGACACGGAAUUGUCUGAGCCAAGAGGUGCUGAAAUGUCUUUUUCAGUUUCCCCACAUCCCCAGCGUCCUGGUUCUGAACAAGGUGGAUCUGCUAAAGAAGAAGUACAUCCUGCUGGAACUCGUAACUGAGCUAACGGAGGGAAUUGUAAAUGGAAAGAAGCUGGAAGUGAGGUCUCCAUUUAAACAUAAUUUGAGUUCUUCAGCAAAAGCUGUUCUUAAAAUCACUCAGGCUUCUCCACCUGAGAACAGGGCCCACGAGUCUCCUUGUCUGCAGGAAACAGUUAAAGCCCAAGAAGGCUCUAGCUUGGAUAGCAGCAGUGACACGAGGGCUUCUGAGUCCGGUCUUGUCACAGAAGCACAAGGGCCAAAGCCCCAUGAAUGCAGAGGUCUAAAAGAUAGGAAAGGUUGGCCACGCUUCCAGGAGAUCUUCAUGCUGGCAGCUCUCACUGGAGAGGAGGUGGAUACGCUGAAGCGCUACCUCCUGAUGCAAGCCAAGCCAGGCCCUUGGGAGUUUCACAGCGGGGUCCUGACCAGCCAGUCACCUCAAGAGAUCUGUGACAAUAUCAUCAGGGAGAAGAUACUGGAGUACCUGCCCCUGGAGGUGCCCUAUGGUGUGACUCAGGUGACAGAGCUGUGGGAGGAAGGGCCAAGCGGAGAGCUCGUCAUUGUGCAGAACCUCUUGGUCCCAAGAAAGUCUCAUAUGAUGAUGUUGAUUGGAAAAAGAGGUACGGUUAUCAGCAGGAUCGCUCAGGAGGCUGGCCAGGACCUGAUGAACGUUUUCCUCUGUGAUAUCCGCUUGAAGCUGAAGGUGGAGGUGAAGAGUUGAACUCUUUGAGUAGGCUUUGACAGCCGUUGAGCUCUGUGGUCAUGCAGAGAAACCGGUCCCAAUUCCUGCUGCAGGUAUCUUAACGCCUUUGCUCAAUCCAGAAACAGGAGGAUGGAGUCAAGAUAGCGGGCUGAAGUAGAAUAUAUUAUUCUUUGGGGAAUGGCCCAAACGGAAAUAAACUCUUCAGAUCUU